GAAGCGAGAGAGAUCGCAGUUCUUUUGUAUUGAUCAUUAGCAUGGUCAUCAUGCUCGGCGUUUGCUCGAUUGUGUCAUAGACCGGCAGUCUAUGUCUACAAAAUGUCGGUCUCUCUUUCGUGGAACAGCCGCGAUACAAUUGGUGACCUCAAUCAGCUUCCAAAAAUGUUGCCAUUGUCACGUCCUUGGCCUAAACAUGGUAGCAUCCUUCCCUUCCCUCGGGUCUGUGACAUGCGACCUGUCACUUGGUGCCCAACUGACGUAUGAAUCAUGCUUUCUGAUUGAUAUAAAUCUGCAGCUGCGAGCUCUAUUUCCAAGUUUCCUCAAUUGGCGGAUGUCCUGCCCGAAUAGCCAAGCGAUAAAGGUUUCUCGUACGCGGUGCUUUCUCGGCGAAGAACCGGAGCAGGAUCUUAUAUGCUGUGCGGAGUACUCCCUGGCCAUUAGGGUUCUCGUGCCCGUCAAACUGUAAGAUAUUGGAACACUGCCUAAGAUUGACAUUGCCACCAGAACUUAAUGUGUGUGGUUGAUCUUGAUUUUGCUUGCUAGUAUU